AAAGAUGUCUGCGAGGCCCCCUCCGUGUCCUUUGGUGUCUCGUACGGGGACGAACCCAUCUUCACCAAGAGCAUUGGUUUAUGCGACGUGAAAAACGGACAACUUGCUAAUGAACAUACGUCCUACCAUAUCGGCUCAUGUGCAAAAAUCUUUACGUCCGCUGCGAUAGGGAUACUGGUCGAUGAAGGCAAGGUAUCAUGGCAGGAUGCGGUCAAAAAGCAUCUCGAAGACUUCGAUCCCGUGGAAGACCGAGAAAUCGGAAAGAAAGCUACCAUCAGAGAUGUCUGUAGACAUUCGACCGGACUGGCCAAUCCAAACGCGGUCUUUAUGGCCCCUCAUGGCGCUCCAGGUAUCAAAUCAGAGGAGUAUAUGAAGAUGAUUAACGCCCUUCCGACUGCGAAUGAGUAUGGGCAGCGAUUCAAUAGCUGGUGGUUCUACAGUAAUGCGGCAUACGGUCUACUCGGUUUGGUCGUGAAAGCUGCUGCUAAGGUGGACUUUGCUACGUUCCUUCGAACCCGCAUAUGCAACCCCCUCGGCCUGAAAGAUACCCUUCUCACUGAGCAUGACGUGACAAAUAACAGUAAUCUGGCUCAUCCAUAUGUCAAAAGAGAUGGUGAAUGGCACAAAAUAGAUAAUGGCCUCACCUCUGAGGAGCACAGCCAUACACUUCCGUUUCUUGGCAUACGCUCUUCCGUGAGUGACAUGUUGCUGUUUGGAGGUGCCGUGAUGCAUCGCUACGCAAAGGAACAGGAGAGCCAAUCUGAGAAGAACGAGACGCCUCACUCGGGUGUCUCCUGGUCCGACAGGCUCUGGGGUCUUGGACAGGCUUUGGGAUUGAUUGCAGGAUCCAAAGAAAAUCCUCUGAGACAGAUUUCUUACAUCUGGAAGUCGCAUUGGACUCGGCCUUGUAAUGAUGGCUUCGAUAACAAGACAGCCUACAUGCUCGGCUGGCUUCGCACCACCAUGCCAACAGCUGCUCUGCCGCUUCUCUCAUACAACUCCUAUCCUACAAAACCGGAGUACAUCAUCGGAAGAGAAUCCACACCUCGAGAGAUGUACGGCCACUCUGGAUGCACCAAUGGCUCUGUCGCCACCAUGUAUGUCAUACCGCAAUCUGGCUUUACCGUGGUAGCCUUGAGCAAUGCAGCAGAUGCUGGUGACGCAUCGAACAGCACUGUUCAGAUUCUGCUGCAAGCUAUUUACGACUUGGGCCCCAAGGUUGAUCUCGUCCUCUCGCUCAAAGACUCCAAGGAAAUGAAACUGAAGCAGCACGAAGACAUGAUCAGUGAUUGGAAGAGGCACAGAGAUGUCGGAAAUUACACCUGCCAAGCUGAGGAGCUCAUCGGAACCUACCAUGGCCUGGGGGCGUCUGUCAUCGACAUCAAGCAGAGCCACAAGUCCGACUCAGGCCUGGCAGUUGUCUUCGGCCACCAACCCGCAUCCAUGUGUCAACUGGACAGAUUUAAUCGAGACUCGCUUAGCUUCCUUCCCAUGGAUCACAAGGAGAUUUUGGAGAGAGCUAUGAUUGAUUGGGACUACUGGACUGUUGGCGUUUUUCGAUUUGUUAGGGAGGACGAAACUCAACCGAACAGCCCGAUCGUUGGGCUAAGAUGGAAAUGGGACCAAUAUGAGGAUUCAACACUCUGGGUGAAACAGACCGACAAAGACUCGAUGACCGACGACCAGUAUAACGCUGCCGCCAAGAAGCAUGGGAAGUUUUUGAAGGACCCUUGGGCCGAACUCGUCCCUCCCGCGAAUGGCAAUGGCCAUUGCAAUGGGAACGGCAACUGCAACGGCAUGGAGAAGGUUGGAGAUUAUGUUGCCUCUCAGACGGCCGAUGCAACUAGAACUGCUGCUUGA